AUGCACGAUAAACACUUCAACACAAGAUCAAGCCCAUCACGUCUACAGCACAGUGCUCCGACUGACACAAGCUCAAAUGCAAUGCUCACCUCCUCGGUCUCGCCCGCGCUGGCGGUCACAGCCUUGAUAGCGUACAUCGGCCUCGUUCGAGCUCUUCGAUAUCGCCGCCGAGAUGCUCUUCGAAUCAAAUACCCAGACCGAGCCUCAUUGGCCGCCAUGACUCUGGAUGAGGCGUUCAGGAUCCAAUCCGACUUGUCAACACUGGAAAAGCCAGCGAUGUACCUGACUGCCUUGUCAUUCGCAUUGUUCAAGAUUUACCGAGCGCAUCCGUGGUACAUCGAGCCAACAUUGCUAUCCAGGUGGGGUCCUUCAACUUGGAUUCGACGGGCCACUGGCGGAGCUCUGCCAGGCGACCAAGGUGACAAGUACCAUCCGAAGGGCUAUGUGAUCUCAGAGGUUGGUCCACAGAAUCUGCUUGGGAAGGGAGAACAGUACAUGGCUGCUGCACGCGAGAACAUCUUGCUGAAAGGAGCUAUGAGAUGUCCCUUCGGUAGAUGA